GUAGAUAGAACCACUGUACAGACUUAUCUACUUAUCGGAAAGUGUUAUCGGCGGUAUCUUGACACAAAAUACGGAAACAUUGUAUGACCAUGACAUCUACACAAUUUUAAGCCACUCCUGAAAUAGGCGUCAUAAAUACACACAUUCAUGAUCUUUUACACAGUUGUUGCGCACUCCUGCAAGAGUUAACUGGGAGGUGUAUUUGACUGUAUUAAGUUUUGUGUGGUUGGACAACUUUCAAAAUAUAAAUAUGCUGUUUAAUUCAGCAAAGAGUCUGAUACCUGUUGCUGAAAAUGUCAGUAAGUUUGUACAACAGGGUGGGGUUAUGUCUGUUGUGGCGAUGAGGAACCAAGCAACUGAGGUAGCUCACAAGAAAGAAACUAUGGAUGCCCCAGCAUACAGACCUUAUUCGCCGUUCAAGACAAACAAUUGGGCCGAGUUUGCUCUAGCUAGACUAGAUGACAUCGUUAAUUGGACAAGAAAGGGUUCCCUCUGGCCGAUGACAUUUGGCUUGGCGUGCUGCGCUGUGGAGAUGAUGCACAUCGCCGCUCCUCGUUACGACAUGGACAGGUACGGGGUGUUGUUCCGAGCAUCCCCUCGCCAGGCCGAUUGCAUCAUUGUGGCCGGCACACUCACCAACAAGAUGGCACCUGCGCUGCGCAAGGUCUACGAUCAGAUGACAGAGCCACGCUGGGUGAUCUCUAUGGGCAGUUGUGCCAAUGGCGGUGGCUACUAUCACUACUCGUACUCUGUCGUCAGGGGCUGUGAUAGGAUCAUACCCGUGGACAUAUAUGUUCCAGGAUGUCCCCCCACAGCAGAAGCACUGCUUUAUGGCAUACUCCAGCUCCAGAAGAAAAUCAAACGAAUGUCUACUGUCCAGAUGUGGUAUCGCCGAUAGAUUAUAUCCGAUGUACCUCAACUUUACCUUCCUGCCCGCAGUCCUGGAGAAAUCUGUGUGGACUUUUUACCAUCAUUGUAAAUACUUAACUUCAAUUCUACUCCAUCAGAAGACGUAGCGUUUACUGUGAUUGUAUACAGUGGAGUCCCGCUAAUCCGAACACAUGUAAUCCGAACGUCGGUUAAUCCGAACAGGUCCAGGAGGAAUUAUUUAUAAUGAUAAUGUAAACAGUUAUAGGAACUAAUUA